UGCAAAAUGGCGGCGCGCAAGGACUCCUGUGCUGCAGCUUCUUUAUCACUCGAUUCACAAGUCAAACGGGUUCAGAUUGAUGGACUGGUGGUACUAAAGAUCAUCAAGCAUUACCAGGAAGAGGGCCAGGGCAGCGAGGUGGUACAAGGUGUUCUGCUGGGACUGGUGGUUGAUGACCACCUGGAGAUCACCAACUGUUUCCCAUUUCCCCAGCACACGGAGGACGAUGCAGACUUCGACGAAGUUCAAUACCAGAUGGAGAUGAUGAGGAGCCUCCGUCACGUCAACAUCGACCACCUCCACGUCGGUUGGUACCAGUCCACGUACUACGGCUCCUUCGUGAGCCGAGCUCUACUGGACUCCCAGUUCAGCUACCAGCACGCUAUCGAGGAGUCCGUGGUGCUUAUUUACGAUCCUAUCAAAACAGCACACGGCUCUCUGUCCCUCAAAGCCUACCGGUUGACGUCGAGACUGAUGGAGAUCUGUAAGGAGAAAGACUUUUCUCCAGAAGGGCUGAAGAAGGCGAACGUCGGCUACGAGCACAUGUUUGAGGAAGUGCCGAUCGUCAUCAAGAACUCUCAUCUGAUGAACGUGCUGAUGUGGGAGAUGGAGGACAAGAGCACGAUGGCUGACAAGCACGAACUCCUCAGUUUAUCCAGCAGCAACCAUCUGGAGAAGAGUCUGCAGCUUUUGAUGGAUCGUGUCGAUGACAUGAGCCAAGAAAUCCUCAAGUACAACACGUACUGCCGUAACCUGAGCAAGCAGCAGCAGCAGAAACACCAGUACUUGCAGAGGCGACAGCAGGAGAACGCCCAGCGACAGAGCCGAGGAGAACCACCGCUGCCGGAGGAGGACAUCAGCAAGAUGUUCAAACCCCCACCACCUCCUCCACGCAUGGACACGCUCCUCAUCGCAGGACAAAUCAACAAUUACUGUCAGAACGUGAAGGAGUUUACGUCUCAGAACCUCGGAAAGCUCUUCAUGGCCGAGGCGCUACAGGAGCACGGCAGCUGAAGAGCAGAACGGAGGAACGACGGCUCGGUCACAAACGUGGGGACGGAGUGUACACCGCCAAACAUCUUACACCAACACCGUUCGGUAUCCCAAAUGGAAAUUCGAACGACGUCACCGUGACCUUGAAGGGAAACACUGUAAUGCACUGGGAAUAAAACUUGUCGGUCUCA